GGGCCAGGCGCGGGUGGGUCAUGGCUGAGGUGGGCCGGGCAGCGGUGCGCGACCCCGGGGAGCUGCUCCCGGGGGGCUUCUGGGCGGCGGUGGCCGUGUGGCUGGAGAGGCCGCAGGUGGCCAACAAGCGGCUGUGUGGCGUCCGCCUGGAGGCCUGCCGGGGCGCCGCCCUGCCCCGGGUGUCGCCCCGCGGUCGCAGGCCCCACACGGGCCCGGAGCCGGAGGAACCGGCCGCGGCCGGACGGGGUCUGCGCUCCCCCGAGGGGGCCCCGGGUCGCGGGCCCGAGGAGUCCCAGCACCGGCGGCAGCAGGCGGAGGGCCCCGGGGAAGCAGCCGCGGCGCCCCUGCUCGCAGGGGGUCCCGGGCAGCCCGACAGGGCCGCAGUCGGGGCGGGCGACCUCGCUGCCUGGGAUCUGGAUGCUCUCUGGGACGGUCUGUCCCGAAGCCUCGCGGGCGGCAGCCACGAGCUGCUGGGCUUCGUCACCGGGGCCCGGGCGGCGUCGCGGCCAGAGGCGCCGAGCGAGCUCGAGGUGGUUCUCAGAACCGUCAUCCCGAAAACAAGCGCGCAUUGCCCGCUUGCGGCUCUGAGGAGAGAGAUCGUCGUGCGAGAUGUCCUGAGCGGAGCUGUAACGUUUUUACCUCUGGAAGAAGACGACAAAGGGAGUGUGAAGGUUGAGACCAGCAACGUGUAUCAGAUCCGGCUCAGCCGGAGCGAAGAAGACGAAGAAGAGUGGUUCAUAUCUAUUUUAAUUUUCUGUCCAGAGAGAUGGCAUUCAGAUGGAAGUGUUUACCCCACGCCCGCCUGGCUGGGAGAGGAGCUGCCGGCCAAGCUGGCCAGGUGGUCUGUCGAGAGCAGGAAGAGUGUAUUUAGAAGCACCCUGUCCCUCAUCCCCAUUGUCAAGUACAGCAAGACUUACCAGACGCUCAAGGACAAAUACAAAGGCAUGGUCAAGGUGUGGCCUGAAGUAACUGAUCCUGAAAAGUUCGUGUAUGAGGAUGUGGCUAUUGCAGCCUACCUGCUGAUUCUGUGGGAAGAAGAGAGAGCUGAGCGGGGCUUGACAGCCAAGCAGUCCUUUGUUGACUUAGGAUGUGGAAAUGGUCUCCUGGUACACAUCCUGAGCACCGAGGGGCACCCAGGCAGAGGGAUCGAUGUCCGAAGGAGGAAGAUCUGGGACAUGUAUGGACCGCAGACCUGCUUAGAGGAAGGCGCAAUCACACCCGGUGAUAAGACCCUUUUCCCGGACGUUGACUGGGUGAUUGGUAACCACUGUGAUGAACUGACGCCAUGGAUACCUGUCAUCGCAGCCAGGUCUUCCUACCGCUGCUGCUUCUUCGUCCUUCCCUGCUGCUUCUUCGACUUCGUGGGGAGGUACGCGCGGAGGCAGAGCAGCAAGACGCAGUACCGCGAGUACCUGGACUUCGUGGCAGAGGUGGGGCUGGCCUGCGGCUUUCGUGUCGAAGAGGAUUGCCUGCGCAUUCCCUCCACCAAAAGGGUGUGUGUCAUUGGGAGGUGCAGAACGUACCCGCCCGCGGAGGAAGGCUCCAUGGAUGCGCAGAGGACCCGGUACAUCAACAGCAGGCAGGGCUGCCCUGGGGGCCCACCCGGCUGGGAGUCAGUCCUGCCCGGCCCCCAGUCCGCUGCGGCACGUGCGGAUCACCCCGAUGGGUGCCGAGCCCCGGGUGCUGGGGCUGCCGAGGGCGGGGCGGAGGCGCGGGCCGCCGGACUCUGGCUGUCUGGAUUCCAGCCGCGAGAAAAGGCCGAGCGCGUGAGGAAUUGUGCCGCCCUCCCGCGAGAUUUUGUUAACCGGGUGGUUUUGCAAGUGGCCCAUUUGCUGUUGGACAGAGAGCAGUCGCACGCAGGAAGUUCUCCGAACGGGAGUGUGAAGGUCUGGAACCGAGGAGGAAGCCUCUCACUGGCAGAAGUGGCCGCGAAGCUGGACGCGGAGACCCUGCGGAGGCUGAAGCGGGAGUGCGGCGGCCUGCAGACGCUGCUCAGGAACAGCCACCAGGUGUUCGAAGUUCUGAACGGGCGAGUUCACAUCCGCGACUGGAGGCAGGAGCAGCUACGGAAGCAACAGCGGCCAGAAGCGAAGGAAGCCAAGCGCCGGCUGUUCUCAGAAGCCUUCAAGACGCGCGCCUGCUGGUUUUUCAGCCACCACCCUGAUGGCUGUGCCCUGCCCUCGGACUGCUGCCCGUUUGCCCACGGGCCGGAGGAGCUGCGGCCGGCCCGGAUGCCCAGGAGGAAGCAGGUUCUGUGACGCAGGCCCGGCAAGGGGGCCGGGGCGCGGGGACAGCAGGCCGGGCUGGCUGGGUCGGUGGCCUCGGGUUUCCGCCAGAGCGUGACCUUCUGUGACACACACUCACGCCGCUGCGGUGUCCAAGCCCUCGGUCUGCGUUGUGAGCAAGGUCACCCCUAACCGGCCAGCCUGUACCUCGGGGAGAGCGCCCGGAGUUCUGGUCGCAUCUCCUAGUUCUGGGGGCGGGGGACGUGCCCGGGCCGCCCGGCCCUCUCAGGGGCCCGCUUCCCGCUCGCCUGGCCCCGUGAGAACGGCCUGCCCCAGGGAGCGCCACCCUCCCACCGCCUCCCCCUGCCCUGGGAAUCUGGCCACCGGGGCCAUCGCCACGCUGGCGUUCUGGGAGAGCUGUUGCACUCGGAUGUGCAGGUCACUUUCGUUACGGAGAAUAAGAAAUGCCCCUAAUCUCCUCAGCUGCGUCACUCUCUGUGACGUGAAAAAGAAAAUCCUAAGUAACACACAGUGAGGCCGGAAAACAGAUUUAUCACAGAGGCCAAAACCGCCCGCCCGCCCGCCUCUACUAGGUCGCCUCCCUCUGAGUGCUGUUCGUCAUUCCUUUGAUUCUGGGGAGGAAUCCAGUGUCCUUGUGUUUAACACUGUUUUCGGUUUCACGUGAAAGGCCACGUCUCUACACACUGUCCGGCCUGUCGGCAAGGGCACCGUGCACGCACCCUGGGGCCUUUCGUCAUGUGGCUGUUCUUGGUUCACUCGUGACGAUGACAGUAAAUUCCUCCCUUUCCCCGAGCCGUGUCUCAGCGUGGCACAGCCCCAGGAGUGCCAGCCUGCAGGGGCGAGGGGCGAGGGGAGCAGCCGGUGGGCCUGGGGGCUGUGUCGUUUCCCGCCCCAGGCUCUCCCCGCAUGAGGCUUCUGGGUGGCGCCCCGCGGGCUCUGAUGGGCUUGGCCGGUGCGAGGAGCCCCCUUCUGCCGCUUCUGCAGGGCGUGCCAGCCUGGUGUGGGCAGCCGCGCCUGGCUGAGCGGAAGGAGAAGGGCCCGGGUUCCCAAUGCUGGCGCCGCAGCCUCCCCGCCUCCGGCCUCCAUCACCAAGAUGAGUGCCUUCCUCAGCGUGAGGCCAGCGAGUUGAGGUUUCCGUUAACUCUCUGCCCAGCACGUGUGGGAUGAUUCCCAUCGGGACAAGCCCUCUGGCCUCCCCGCUGUGGGAUCAGGCCUGGGGCAGCCCCCCUUUCCCUCCCCUCAAAAGGGGAGCACCUCCUUACAGGGAGGUUUGAAGGGGGACUCCUUGCACAAGUCAGGUGCUCCACCAGCUGAGCCCCCGACACCCCCAGAUGGUUUCCAUCCUAACUAGUCUCUGAGCGGUUGGUGUGUCUCCCGUUGCAGCCAGGUACUGUUAAUCCUGUUCAGUGACCCGAGUUCUUCUGAAAUUUCAGAUACUAUGGUUUUGUUCUUACAAGUAACUUCUUCUGAAAUGUAUUUUUUCAGCCUUUAUCAGUUAGAUUUAAAGUCCUUUUUGGGGAGCCCGGGGGGCUCAGUCAGUGGGGCAUCUGACUUCGGCUCAGGUCAUGAUGUCUCGGUCUAUGAGUUCAAGCCCUG